CUUCCUUGUUGCAGGUAUAAAGAUAAUCGCCAUGUGAGCAUGGGUGCAGAGAAAUGGUUGGACAUUGAACUGUGGGACUCUACAAAGGAGUGCUUUAAAAUGUUGAAAUCACGCGGUUAUCGAAUUGCCACAACUCAUGUGGGAAUGGAUGCGGUCUCUAUUCUUGAUUUAGAUUGGUCCAGCCCAACUACAAUCGUGGUUGGGAAUGAAAAUAGGGGUAUUAGUGAUGAGGCAUUGGAGUUGUCAGAUCUGCAUUGCAGUAUUCCUAUGGCAGGAAUGGUGGAGUCUUUCAAUGUUUCAGUUGCUGCAGGAAUCCUCAUGCACCAUGCUGUUUGUGAUAGAAUAUCUCGUAUGGGCUAUCAUGGUGAUAUGACAGUAGAAGAAUGCCAGAUUCUACUUGCAGAGUUUUUGUUGCGUCAUAGCAAGAGUUCGAUUAGUAUUGUUGAAGAUUAUGCAAUGCGUAAAGCAGUAACAUUGACUUAACAGUAAUAACAGGAAGUCAAACUUCUUCUCAUUGUGUGCUUGGCUGCUUACUUGUACUUGACAAGGAGACAAACCAGAGGCUAGAUUGUCUGACUGAUUGAUUCCUACAAACUAGCAUUAGCCGAUGCAUGCCGUGCAAGGCUCACAGAUGACAACGGGAACCUUAUCAACUAGCCAGCUUCUAUUUAGACUAUAGAAUUUUUCCUGAAUGAUGUGCUUUCUAGCCCAAUUACUUAGCAAUGGGGAAUGAUGCCAUCAAAAGUGCAAUUGUAUUUUCUUUAUGUGGAUUUUGCGGGCACUACUAUGUCUAAUGGUUUAUUAGGAUGAGAGAAGAAAAUAGGAGAG